CGGCGGCCGGCGCCCGCAGCCGCCCGUGACCGCGGACUCGGACCGCGUCUCGGGGGCCGCCGGGCCCCGCGCCUGCCCUGCCCUGCCCUGCCCUGCCCGGCGGCCUGGCCGCUUGACCACCAUGUCCAAGAUGCCGGCCAAGAAGAAGAGCUGCUUCCAGAUCACCAGCGUCACCACGGCGCAGGUGGCCUCGAGCAUCACCGAGGACACCGAGAGCCUGGACGACCCCGACGAGUCGCGCACCGAGGACCUGUCGUCCGAGAUCUUCGACGUGUCCCGCGCCACGGACUACGGCCCCGAGGACGCGUGCGAACGCAGCUCGUCCGAGGAGACGCUCAACAACGUGGGGGACGCCGAGACGCCGGGCGCCGUGUCCCCGAACCUGCCGCCGGCCGCGGCCCCGGCCGUCACCGCCGCGGCCGCCUGCAGCUCGCGCUUCCGCGUGAUCAAGCUGGACCACGGCAGCGGGGAGCCGUUCCGGCGCGGCCGCUGGACGUGCGUGGAGUACUACGAGCGGGACGCGGACAGCAGUGUGCUGGCCCGCUCCGGGGACUGCAUCCGCCACAGCGGCGCGCCCGAGCCCGUGGCCGAGCGCGACAGUGGCCUGGGCGCCACCGCGGGCUCGGUGCCCGGCGCGCCACCGGGGCCCGACUCGGGGACGGACAGUGCGGGACACCUGCCGCCCGCGCAGCCCCCGGGCCCUGGAGACUCGCCGCAGCACGUGGCCGGCCCGCCCGGCGACGCGGCCACCGGGGCGCCGCCGCUGCCGCCCAGCGGCCAGACGCCCGCCGGCCGCAGCCCGCACGCGGGGCCCCCCGAGCCCCCCGACCCCGCCGCCGCCGCCCGGAGGAAGUCGGAGCCCCUACCUCAGCCGCCGCCCACGCUCCUCGCGGACGCGCCGGCCGUGAGCAGCCUGGCCACGUCCGUGUUCAGCAUCGCCAUCCCCGUGGACGGCGACGAGGACAGGAAUCCUUCAGCUGCUUUCUACCAAGCGUUCCAUUUGAACACGUGUCAGGAAUCAAAGAGCCUCUGGGAUAGUGCAUCUGGGGGAGGUGUUGUAGCCAUUGACAACAAAAUAGAACAAGCAAUGGAUCUGGUGAAAAGCCAUUUGAUGUACGCAGUAAGAGAAGAAGUGGAAGUUCUAAAGGAACAAAUAAAAGAAUUAGUUGAAAGAAACUCUUUACUUGAACGAGAAAAUGCACUGUUAAAAUCUCUUUCCAACAAUGAUCAGUUAUCCCAACUCCCAGCCCAACAGGCCAACCCCAGUAGCACCUCUCAGCAGCAAGCAGCGAUAGCACAGCCUCCUCAGCCAGCACAGCCUCCACAGCAGCCGAAUGUCUCCUCAGCCUAAAGCCCUCUCACGCCUGCUCAGUGCAGUGCAGAAGACUGACAGCAGUCUUUCCUGUGUGCCACUGGUGUUCUAAAUUCCCACUUUGUACGAAAGCAAGUAGCCACGCUUCGGUUGUGUGUUUGCCUUUUCAGUAUUAGACAAUCAUCCUACAAGAGCUUUUCCUCUCUCUGAGAUGUCCUCAGCACAGUGGGUAUCCUGUCUUGUCAUCAGUGCACAAGGAGAAUGGUAGAAAGAAGGGGUUUACAGAGCAAAGCAAGGUCUGCCUGGGUAGGGUCUUGAAGAGUUUUGGUGGCUCUCUUGUGUUUCCUGUUGCCCAUAGAUUUACCUUGAGCCUUCCUCUCAUUAUAAAUAACAGUUCAUCUAAAGAGCCACUUUUCUUUCCAUAUCAGUAACAUUUGCCUACAUAAGUUUUCAUUUAUUUGUGUUUUAUUUAUUACAGGGCUGCUAUUUUCAUAAUGUACAUGAACAAUGUCACAGAACUUUUUUAAUUUUUUUUGAAUAAUUAUAAGUAUCAGUAAAGGAAUUGAAGACAGGAUUGCAUCUAAUAGGUAAAACGUUUAGGCAAUAAUUGAACAAAAGAAUCCUGGCAUAUUUCUAACACUAAUGGCAAUUUACCCUUGGUAUUUAUUUUCAGUAGUAAAGACCCAGCUCGAAUGUAAAUUUUGUAUAGUGUAAGAUGAAGAACAUAGUGCAACUGUACAGGUAGUCACCAGUUAUUGUGAUAUAAUAAAUAAUUGGGCUAUUUUGAUGAAGAAAACUUUGUUCAUUUGUUUCUACUUUCUUAUAGAGAAAUUGCCACGAUUCCUCUGCUUUUCAACAUUUCGUAUGACUUUUUUUUUGGGUGGGAAUAAAAAGCUGUGAAAUUGUUCAACCUACUUUGUAACCAAAGAAGCAAAGCUGUGUAAUGGAGUUUUGUUUUGUUUUGUUUUUUUUAAUAAUGCACAUUCUUUAUGUAUUUUAUUUAGUAUUUUCUGGGUCACAAUUUUCUUUGCUGUCUAGCAUGAUCUGCAUGACCUAUAACCUUUGAACCCUUUCGUACCUCACGUUUUACCCAGCACUCUUAUUGUGAUAUGUACUAGUCUGUGAACAGCGUCAAAUAAAAAAAGAACGAAGAGGUCGUGUGGUGGAGCUGAGUAGUGCACAGUGCACUAGUUGUACAAAAACAAAAAUGAAGUGAGCCAUCUUUUGUUCAUUUAAAAUGGUGUUUUGAAUUUCGUAUGCAAAAAAACAUUUUGUUACAUUGCAGAUUUUAAUGUAUUUAAUAAAUGCAACAUGCAGAUUAAGUGCAGUGUAUACUGAGUAUUUAAAUUAAAUUGUACAUUUCAUAAAUACAGUUUCAAGAGAAAGCAUCAUUUUGUGGAUACUAACACAUUAAGUGUAUGUCAGAAAUUGAUGUAUAAAUUAUAUUUUAACACAUUUUCUGAAAUUAAACUGCAGUUUUGUUG